AUGUGGUCAAAACUCAAACAAGAUGAGAAGGAUGAACAUUAUCAAUAUCUGAAGGAAAGGGUCUCCAUUCAACAUGAAUUAAUCAGAAGACAAGACAUUCUGUUUAAAAAUCGCCAGGCAAAAAUAGAGCAAAAACGAUGGCAGGUAUGGUGAUCGAUAGCUUAUAGUAUUUUUAUCUUAGUUCUAGUUUUUUGAUGCCACAAACAAUUUUUAAAAACUGAAACAGUUUUUAUUAAACCAUUCCAGCCUAAGCUAGUAUUUUUAAUCUUUAUAGUUCUAGUUUUAAACCUUAGUUGUAGUCUUAGUUUUUAGCCAUAUUUUAGUUUUAUUUUAAUGUAAUUUUGUCCUUUAUUUUAGAGGACCCUUAUGAAAACCACCUUUAGGUGAUUGGAUCAGGCCUCCUCUUAAAAUAUCCUGUAUUAUUUAUUAUUAUUUUAUUAAUAUUACCGUAAAAUUCCGAAAAUAAGCCCCGGGGCUAAUAUUUUUCAAAGGCCCUUUUAGAGGGGAUUAUGUUUGGAGGGGCUUAUAUUCAGAGUGGUUUAUGUAAGGAGGGAAAUUUGCGUUUAAAAAUCAAUUGCGCUAGCCAUUUCUAGGUAGGAAAUUUACCUUUUUUCUUUGUUUUACUUUGCAUUUGAGGGCAAUUUCCAAGUGCAAGCCCCCGGGGGGGGCUUAUAUUUGGAGGGGCGAUUUAACGGAGGGUUUUUUGCAUUACAAGUUUGAGGGGCUUAUAUCUGGAGGGGCUUAUACAUGGAGGGACUUAUUUUCGGAAUUUUAUGGUAUAUUAUUAAGAACCUAAGACUUCAGGUUUGCUGUACAUGUGGUAUGUGAUGGCAUAAUGUCAUUAUUCAUUCUGUUUUAUCUGCUUAAAGAAGGCUUAGACUGAUGUAAACAACUUUUGUAUUGCAUACCACAUAAUACCAUAUUAUUAAUUAUUUAGUUGAUUUCUUAGGACUAAAUUUUAUUAUGAAUAAUUUAUUAUAAACUUUGAAUCCUUUUAUUUGCACCAAUUUUCCUCUAAAAUGAAUUUUCAGUUUUAAGAAUCAAAAAAGUGUUAUUUUCAGAAGUGUUAAAAAUAUUGUAUGCUUUGUUAGUUAUAGUAAUCUUUGGUGACUCAACUGUGUGCAAAAUGUUAGUAAAACAUUUUGCCUGUCUGGGGUCUAGUUAAUAUUAGAUGCAUGGUUUCUUAGUAACUUGUUUUACGGUAUGCAGGUCUAAACAAUCCCUUAUUCUUUAUGUAGUUGAAAGAAGCCAAACGCUUAUCAAGAAUGGCCAAAUCAAAGGAGUAUACAGACUUUGUUAAAGAUGUGUUAGGUAAGGGUAUAACCAAUUUUUAAAAAAAAAUAGUGUUGUAGAAUUUAUGCAAAGCAGUCAAACUGUACCUCAUAUUGAAGCAAACUAGUUUUUGUUGCAUAUAAAAAAUAACAUGUGCCAUCAAGGUGUCUCAACUUAAUAUAAUAUAGAAAAUACUCGUGACAAUUUUGUGAUCCACACACUUGUAUGUAUAAAAAUAAUAUUUAUGCAUAUUUCCCAGGUUCUCAAAAUGCCAAAAUUUAAAAUUUAAGUUCUUUGCUAUUUAUAUGGGAAGCCAUUGUAAAAUCGAAUGUAUAAUGUUCUUCAAUCUCACUCUUGCUGCAAUGUCAGUUUAUCUGGUGUGGAAAAUUCAUUAAUAUAAAAGCGUUUUUGUUGAGAAGCAAGAGAAAAACUUUCAGCAGGCAUUAAGACUUAAAAUAAUUAUUAGUCUGUCAAAAUUGCGGGAAGGAAAAGCGAACCUUAUUCAAGCUAAUCUAAAAUGUUAAAGGACCUGCUUGAAUAGUCUCAAUACUAAAUUAUGGUUAUAAACCAGUAAAAGGCGCCUAACAUCAUCAAUAAAUCAUUUUUUCUUGCCAAAACUGAUCUCUUUCACGUUCACAGCUAAAGAUAGGAAAGAAGCCCUCAGUUUAAAAUCACAUGUACGUGUUAUUAGCAGUCAUGAACCUGGACGCAUGACAAAGCUAUCAUCCGACCAACGUAACAGUUAUACGAGCUCCAAAACUCAAUCUCCAGCUCAACUCAGUCUAGGGAGUAGUCAUGGUUCAGGAUAUGAGAGUGCGUUAUUGACAGACAACUUUAAGGAACUGCUCCUUGAUCCUGUUGAUAUUCAGCUUAAGAAGUUACUAGGUUCUGAGGCCGAGGAUUUUUUGCACCCAACAUUCCGUGAAGGAGCCAAGAAGACACUUAAUCCAGUGGUGGUGAACAGAAAAUGUAUGUAACAUGUUUGACGUUAAUCUUCUCAGUAGUGACCUAUGGUUUUUUCAGGAGAUUUCAAAGAGAAAGCAACGAAGACAGCUCGUGUCAUUUUAGGAUUUAAUCUACAACAGAAAUCAGAAGUUUGAACAAAAUGUAAUUCAUACUGCAGCUUGAUUAAUUAGUCAGACCACACGCUCAGGUUUAAUAAGUUAAAAUGGUUAAAGUUAAGGAUUCCGAUAGCCUCCCACGCAGGCGUUUUUAGGGGAGCUCGUGUUUCGUCCCUCCCCACAAACGCCUUUGGGGAGGGAUGGAAAACGAGCUCCCAUGAAAACGCCUGCGUGGGAGGCUAGGAUUCCGAUUGCAUGGUUAGGGAAGAAACACCCGGAAUCACCGCUCUUUCACUGUUCUGAUUCUUGUUAAAACGUGUGCGUUUAAGUGUCUGCGGUAUUGCUGUAGCAGGUCCGCAUCAGCUUUACGUAAACCUGCUUUAUCGAAUAAAAUAAUGGUGAGGACGACGAUGACAUUGAUGAUGAUGAUGACGAUGAUGAUAAUAGCAAUUAUGAUGAUGGGUCCUCACGUAUUUUCAUGUGUAUUCCAUUUCUUUCUUUCAAGUAAGUGGCAUUGGAGCAAGAGAUCUGUGGGGUACCCUGAGGAACAACUCGCAAAUUAAACUUCAAAAACAGGACAAUAUGAUACCCCCGGAUGUUAAGGUAAUGGUCUUAUCAUAUGGGAUGGGUGAGAGAGGCUAACACCGACCACAAUAAAGAUGAUAAGGACAGAAUCGACAUUACACGGGUUGUUGUAAUUUUGUAAAAUCACCACCGUUCUCGUGUGAAAUAAUGAAAGUAAAGGUUUUGUCAAUGACGUGAACACCAUAUUUAGUGCCUAUUUUUUUUUCAUUUGAGCUAAAAUGGUAGCGUUCCUAAUGCAGUUUUAAACAACUGUCCUCUAACAUGUUUGUUUCAUUCUUCUUUGUUCAGAAUGCUUAUAAAGCUUUCUUGCGAGAGUGUUUCCACAACAAUGUCCCAACAGCCCGGAGAAGCUUCUGUAAGGAGGAAGUUGAGGUAUGAGAUCAGAUAAAAAAAGAGUAUUUUUUUAUGAAUAUCCUGAGUUCUAUUUUACUAAACAUCAAACCGUAAAAUAGGCCUCUUGUACGGAACGGUCCGUCAUAGAACAAAAACACCUUACUGGAUGCAAACGACGGGUAACCGGUCAUUUCGCUCCCGAUUUUCGAGUCAUUUGGCGCGCUUUAGAUGUAAUAUUCCUCGUUCUAUAAGCCAGAAUGCAAAUCAAACGUGUUUCAAAUGUAAUAUUCCUCGUUCUUUAACCCAUAAACUAAAACAAGUGCGCUUCUAAUAUAAUAUUCCUCGUUCUAAAAAAGGAAGCUAAGUAAUUGGGGAGAAAUGACUUGGUGGCGAAAUGACCGGUAACCAAACGACGCAGUGGAGCAAGAACAACAAAGAGAUUUCAUUAUUCAAAAGGCUAACAUCUUUCUUUUCAAGGUUCAACUGCAUUGUUUGCGAUACAGCAAGAUAUUUUUGUACCAUGUGACCAUUUUGUGCAAAGCGCUCAUUCCAAAAUGUAACAGCCGUAAUUCAAGAUCGCGGUGUCACUUUGAAUUUUAGUCACUGAAGAAAACAUUAAUAUAAAUUUUCUGGAUUUUCGUUAGGGCUGCUACAUACGGGGAAUGGCUAAUCAGAGAACUUAACAUCAGAGACUUCAAAUUUUGAAAGUCAUUUUCGGGGAGUCGUUACUGUAAUUGUUGCUUCUGGAACUCUACGGUUCUGUACAGUUCCUGAGAAAAACUGAGCACUUUCGUAGUCAAUAUUAAUUUUUCUGUGGAUCUUUAUUGCGUCUUUCUUUAUAAAGAGAUGAUUGUCUCAUGCUAGAUCAGUAUACUUCAUACUAACGCUUUUGUUGUUGAAUAAGGUUCUUGAUGAAGACCGCGCCAGCGAAAGCCAGUUAAUUCAGGAUAUUAAGUUCACCCGUCAUCGCUUGGAACUCAUGUUUCGAGUUGCUCACAUGAACCGUGAUAAGACGAAAUUACUGGUCAAAAGUAUUGAACCAAAGGAACCUUCUGAGGGGACCAUGAUCAGACCACCGAGGUACAAUCCACGGCAAAUAUUGGACAAGACAAAGGUGAGAGUUUUUUAAAAAUGUUUAAAACGGAGAUACAACCAAUGGAAUCUCUCUAAUAUAGUUCUAUACUCUUAGCAAUAGGCAGGUCCACGGGAAAUUAUCAAUCAGUAGCUUUGAUUUAAAUAUUUAACCCCCCUCCCCCCACCCCACUGUCUCAAGAUCAAGAACUGAGAUUCCCUUGUACAGCAUAAUAAACAUUACUGCAGGAAACUGCUCUGUUUACGUAACUUUCAUUUUAAUGGUCACACUUUAUCCACAGACUCAAAUUGUCCAGAAUGAUGAAAGUAUCACGUGAAAGCAGGGCUACAUCAGUGGCUAUACAGUGUAACUUGACUGGUUUUAGGGUUUUGGCAGAUACUUUGUUUAAAGCGUAGUUGUUUUGUUUUCCUUUUUAGGCGCACCAUCUUGUACCAUUACCUGUCCUCGCAUUAACAGACACAGAAGGAGAUAGCCACUCCGUUCAAAUACCGCCGUCCCCUCGCGAGGCCAUCCUCCCACUUGAAAAAGAACAAGACGUUAUCGUCGGAGGAGAGAAAAUCAAGUUUCUAACCGAAGAAAUGGCUACUUGUAAAGGAGAGUUCAGUAAACGCCAUAACGCCCCUGGAUGUUCUUCAGAAAUGGAACCUGUAACCACGGGGUUACCGAGAGGGAUCAAUAUAAGAGGAACUCUGUCAGCCCCUGCUAGUAGUAUGGGCGCCAGGGAAGAAAAGAAGACCCAAGGAAAGCAGUGGGAGCCACUUAGCCUAAGCGCACUCUUGGAGUAUAACGCUCCUGUUAACGCCCCCGGCGAUGGCGACUUUCUUUAUGGGCAAACAAAAACCUGGAAAAUACAAUGA